AUGGCCUUUUUUGUUGAGGAGCCGGAGCUGGGCGCCGUGCUGCACACCAACCGUGCUGCCGCCCAGGCCCGCCUGGGUAACUACCGUUCUGCUCUCAAUGAUGCAAUCCAAGCAAGGAAGCUGAAGCCCACCCAUCUCAAAGCAAUCAUAAGAGGAGCUCUCUGUCACUUGGAGCUAAAGAAUUUCUCUGAAGCAAUAGCCUGGUGUGAGGAGGGCUUGCAAAUAGACCCAAAAGAGAAAAAGCUCAUGGAAGUGAGAGCUAAAGCGGACAAGUUAAAGCGAGCUGAGGAGCGGGAUGCAAGGAAAGCAAAGGUGAUGGAGAGGAAAGAUCAGUGUCAAAAGGAAAGUUUGCUCUCAGCAAUAAAGGGAAGGAGUAUCAAGCUGGUUCUUGAGCCUUCAAAUGAGGAAGAGGAAGUGUCAGAUGUUCUGGCUGAGAUGUCCUUAGAUGGGUUCCAUUCUGACAAUGCCAUGGGGGCAAAGGUGCACUUAGACGCUGACGGCAACCUAAACUGGCCUGUCCUCUUUCUGUACCCAGAGCACGAGCAAACAGACUUCAUUGCGGCUUUUCACGAGAACACGAGAUUUAUUGAUCAUUUGAUGGUGAUGUUUGCUGAGUUACCACCUUGGGAUUUAGAGAGGAAAUAUCUUCCCAGCAAUCUUGAGCUCUAUUUUGAAGAUGAAGAAAGAGCAGAAAUGUAUGAGGUGAACCCAGAACACACAUUGCUGCAAGUAUUGCAGCACCAGAGGUAUUUUGUGAAGGCUGGGACUCCAACAGUUCUGGCAUUUGUAAAGCAUUCUCCUUUCUCUAAGAAGUACUUCUCUAGCAAGAAGGUGCAUCGGCUAUAAUGAGCAAAAAGGAAACGAGGAAUCCUGUGCGAGAGACUACUGUUUGUAGUCUGCUUACAGACUGCAACUUUCUGCUUGUACAAAAGUCCCUUGCGCAUUUCAGGGGAGAAGGAAUCUUUGCACACAGAGAAACUUCCAGCAAAGCAGGAUGGUAGGAGAAUGGGGGAUUUACAAGAGGGGAUUAUUCACUUAAGAGAAAUCUAGCUGGCUUACAAAAGGACAUCUCUGUCAUAGACUGCAUGUAGUUUUGAAAUAAACCUGGAGCAGUGCCAAACCUUAGCUGCGGUUGAAGCAACAGCAGCUGGGAAUGUACUUACCUGUGAAAAAUCACUGAUUUCCUUGCAAGGUGAGCUGUAGUUACCUGGGCUUAACAGCAGUCUGCGGUGAGUAUUGCCUGCUGGCACGGGACUGAUGCAGUCGGAUUCCUGCCCAGGCCCGCUCUAGCUCUGAGGAUUAAGGAGCAGCCGUUUGUUCACCACUCAGCUCCACUGCUGACUAGAGUGAUGCAGAGCUCUUUGUUCAGAGCAGUACGUUUUACUGACCAUUUUGCUACUUUACUUGUUGUCCUAUAUGAACUGGAAAUGAACAUAUCUAUUUUAAAAGUA